AUGUCGGCGAUAGAGCGUGAAUUGCUUAGAAACGUAAAUGAAAAAAUUGAAUUAAUUGAGCCUAGUACAGGAAAAUUGUUUUUCGAGCAUAAAACUGACUUAUUGCUUGCUAAACCGCGUUUGAUACCUCUCAAAUCGCAGGGUUUGCAGAGUCUGGAGGAAAUGCAUCGUGAAACUGCUCGACAGUUGCAGCAGAAACGCACUAACAACAAGAACAACAACAAUCACCAAGGAGAGGCAAAACCUCUCGACGCCGCUUAG